UCGAUGUCUUAAUUCGUUGCUUUGGAGAGAAGGACACAGGGAAGCACGGAGUCUAUUGGACUUCGCUGCGUUCCAUGUCUUUAACUCCGCCCCUAAACAGCUUGUCCAGUUGAAGCGCCCUGAAAUUGGGGUCUCACACGGGGGGAAGUCGCUGCUACUCCUUGUUCUUUCCCACCGUCACCUUCGGGGACACAGCUGCGGACAUGGCCUCCGAUGGUAUGGAUGAGCGAUCUCCGCUGCUGUCAGAACCGAAAUCCGGGAAUGUCACUCCUACGGCACCACCGUACCUGGGGAACACCAGUCCAAGAGCUGAGCUCCCUCCCCCGUACACAGCGAUCGCCAGUCCCGAUGCGGGGGGCGUGCCCGUCAUUAAUUGCCGCGUGUGUCAGUCUCUCAUCAACCUGGACGGGAAGCUGCACCAGCAUGUGGUGAAAUGCACCAUCUGUAAUGAGGCCACGCCCAUCAAAAACCCACCCACUGGCAAAAAGUACGUGAGGUGUCCAUGUAAUUGCCUUCUAAUCUGUAAAGACACAUCCCGAAGGAUAGGAUGUCCAAGACCCAACUGCAGACGUGUCAUCAACCUGAGCCCCGUGAUGGUGAUCCCAGAGGAGCAGCCAGCCCAGCCAGCCCUGCCAGUACAGCCUGAGGGCAUGCGUGUUGUCUGCGGGCACUGUGGCAACACAUUCCUCUGGAUGGAGCUCAGAUUUAACACAUUGGCCAAGUGUCCACACUGCAAAAAAAUAUCCUCAGUUGGGAGUGCCCUCCCGCGAAGGCGCUGCUGUGCUUAUAUUACUGUUGGCAUGAUCUGCAUCUUCAUUGGUGUUGGCUUAACUGUGGGAACCCAGGACUUUGCCAGACGUUACCACGCCACAUAUGUGUCCUGGGCUUUGGCAUACCUGUUGGGUCUGGUCUGUCUGGUGCGGGCCUGUUACUGGGGAAUCAUUAAAGUCAGCUAUCCAGAGAACAGCUUUGCAUAGACAAGUUGCUUUUAAGUGUUUGUUUUAUCUGGAUUGAGUUUAGGGUCUGCCAAUGCUGGUGUCUGAGAACAGCAGUCCUAUACCUGAGUUUUAGAAUAAAAUAAAUACUGUAAUACUGUAAUAAAACAACAGUGGUCUUACAGAAAGCUGCUAGGUAUACCUUCUGAAUUUUUUCUCUUGAAGGCCUAUAUUGGCCACCACUGGAUGGACAUUGUACAUGUUUUAAGUACUGUUCUGUUACUAAUUAGACCAAAAUUGUUCAUCUUUUUGUCAAUUGCUCAUUGCACAACAGUGUUAUGCAAUUAUUUCAUUAUCCUGCUGCUAGGUUACCCAGCUGUUAAAAGCUGAAACUUCAUAAAUUAUCUUUUGUUCAUACAUUUUAAAUUUACGUUUUAACUUUUAGCAUAAACUUACUUUUGCAACCUUUGUAAAAUCCAUUCAUGCCACUAUCAACAAACUUGCCAUACGCCUGUGUUGGCCUU